AUGCCUUACUUAGACAUGGCUUUCGUACAUCCCGACCGCGCGAAGAAUGUAGGAGACGCAAGGGCGCAGGCUGGACGCGCGACCUCAGUCAGAGGACGUGCUGGAGACUUGGCACCUGCGCAAGGAAGGAACAGGAGGAGGAAGUGGGAAGACACUCAAGAUGAGCAGUAUCCGAUGGCUGGGGGCGAGAUCCAGGCCCCGGACGAGUAUGACAAGACUUCAGGAAAUCGACCCGGUAACAGAAGGCCCGAGCAUGCACAAGGGCCAGGAAAGAAGGCGAAAUUCGAGCAUACCCGCCCGCCGCGUCCGAACGCGUUCGACGCCGACCGCAACAGACGACCGGAAGUUGAAGCCUCAGUAUCUCCGAAACGAAGUGACCCUCCAAGACCCAACAAAGAAAAGCCAGGACGGCGCAAUGCUGAUCGAGAAAAGCUGGACAAAGCACGCCAACUCGCUCCCAAAUAUCCCGACAUCCGAGAUAUCGACGCAUGGCGAAAACGAGCUCAGACGAACGAGCGGAUUUGGCAAGCAGAGGAUGCUUUUGUAUAUCGGCAUCUGCGUUUCGACCAGUGUCCUAAAGGGCUGGCAUUCAAAGAGUGGAAGAUCAGAGUGCAUCGGGAGAUGGAGGGGUUGGGCUUGGAACAUCCAUUCACAGGGCGGCAUACCAAGCGUGAACCUGAGGAUGAGAUCAAUAAGGAGACUGUGGCGGGGGAAACAGAAGCAGCGGUUGCGACAGCGCAGAAAGAAGAAGAGAGCAAAAGGCGUGUGGAAAUGGAGAGGAUGGCGGCGGAUGACGGGUUUGACAUUGACAUCUACGGUGACGAAGAGACGCGGAGGAAGUAUGAGCCGUGGAUCAGGAGCCGGAUGGAUCGAGUGUAG